GAUGAAAAUGAUGAUAAGGGAUCGACCACGAAAUCAAAGUCAUUCUGCAGGCUCUGUAUUGUGUCUUUGGCCUUCGCAUUCCUUCGUGAGGGUCAUGGUCCUGACCCUGUGUUAUCUAGAUGUGUAAUCUGUAAAAGGCCACUCCACUGCAAGAAUCCUCACUUCUGACGUAUCUGAAACUCACCGAUUUUCUCUGGGUGAAAUGGUAUCCCUGUAAUUGGUGUGAGCAUGACUCUCUGACCAUGAUGAAUUUGUUAUUGUAAUAUCCUGAGAGUACGUCAUAUUUGUAAUUAGUCAUUAGUUUGUCAACUCAACUUUGUGUGAGUGUGAGGUUUAAGGGGUACAGUGCUGGUGCUAACAUUACUGCUAGCUGUUGGCAGUGGAUCUGUUGUUAUUGUACUUUAGUGCAGUUGUAUAGCCUACAACUUACAUGAAACUGUGGAACAGGUCUCAUUUUCGGGAAGUACUUGUGGAAUGUUUAGCCUUUAGUCAUUUUGUCCACUACUGGUUGACUGCAGCUGCCUGCACCAACUUUAAUAGUCGAUUAGUUGAUGAAACCCCUUGUGAGGAUUGAUCAACUGAGUCCUGCUGCUGAUACCUCACACUUAUUUUUGUAUUUUUCAGUAAGGUGUUUGAACCUAUUAAUGCAGUUGAAAGAUACUGCAAGGAUCAUUCCAGAAUCAUCAAAUACAUUGUGUUGGCCUUACUUGGAGCAGGUUAUGUUUCAUAUUUCAUCACAGCAUGUGUGAUGAACAUUAAUUGGGCAAUUGCCCUUGUAGUUCUCACCAGUUUGGCAGUAGUCUCUAAAGUGUAUGACCUUGUAAAAAAGUACAAGGGAGAGGACAUUAAGCGAUGCUUCAAGCCUGCACACAGGUGUUUCAAGAGAAACCUGAGGUGGAUCAAAUGGGUAUUCAUACUGGUUGUGCUUGGCCUGAUCAUGACUUGGCUAGCAGUGGACACCAGCAAGCGACCAGAACAGCUCAUGUCAUUAGGGGGCAUCUGUAUGUUCGUCCCGGUCUUGUUCCUCACCUCAGCCCACCGAACGGCGGUGUCAUGGCGACCUGUCUUUUGGGGCCUUGGUUUGCAGUUUGCAAUUGGCGUGUUUGUGAUAAGGACAGAACCAGGUCUCAUUGCAUUCAAAUGGCUUGGAGAUCAAGUCCAGAUUUUUUUGAACUACACCAAAGCUGGGUCUGAAUUUGUGUUUGGAACAGAGCUCACUCAAGUCUUUGCCUUUCAGACAUUGCCCAUUGUGAUAUUCUUCAGCAGUGUCAUGUCUGUUCUCUACUACCUUGGACUAAUGCAGUGGCUAAUUAUGAAGAUUUCCUCAGUCAUGCAAGUUACAAUGGGCACGACAGCAACAGAAUCGUUGAGUGUUGCAGGUAACAUCUUUAUCGGCCAGGUGGAAGCUCCCCUGCUAAUCCGUCCAUACAUAAAGGACAUGACCCAAUCAGAGAUCCACGCAGUCUUGACAGGAGGCUUUGCCACCAUUGCUGGAGGUGUCAUGGGAGCAUACAUCAGUUUUGGGAUCGAUGCUGCCCACCUGAUAUCAGCUUCUGUUAUGGCUGCUCCCUGUGCCCUAGCCACUUCCAAGCUUUCCUACCCUGAGACUGAAGAGAGCAAAUUUAAGAACGGUAAAAAUGUGAAAGUGGAUGGAGGGGGGCAGAAAAAUAUUUUGGAGGCCGCUAGUGGAGGAGCCUCAGCUUCCAUUGGACUUGUGGCUAACAUAGUCGCUAACCUGAUAGCAUUCCUUGCAAUCCUCGCAUUUGUAAAUGCUGCUUUGGAUUGGUUUGGGGUCUUGGUGGAUUAUCCAGGACUCACAUUUCAGUUAAUCUGUUCCUACGUCUUCAUGCCUGUGGCCUUCAUGAUGGGUAUACCUAUAGAAGAUGCCUACGUGGUGGCCGAGCUCCUUGGUACCAAGCUCUUCCUCAACGAAUUCAUUGCUUAUGAGAAACUCUCUGUGUUGAAAAACAACAGGCUCAAUGGCUUGACUGCUGAAACCAUCUCUGUCAGGUCAGAAAUUAUUUGCACCUAUGUAUUGUGUGGCUUUGCCAACUUCAGUUCAGUUGGGAUGAUCAUCGGGGCCUUGUCAUCCAUCUGUCCUUCAAGAAAGAAUGACAUUUCCAGGCUUGUGAUGAGAGCUCUCCUAACUGGUACCUGUGUGUCUCUCAUCAAUGCAUGUAUUGCAGGAAUCCUCUUUGUACCUCCUCUGGACUGUGUGGAGUAUUUCAAGACCUCUGUUUUUGAGAGCACUGACCCCAACAUCGAACACUGCUGUUCUGACCUUUUAAAUAGUGCGGUGAUCAACGGGACUGUGACAUUUGAGGGUAUCUGGAGUCAGGUGACAAACGCCACCAUCUACUUUAAAAAAUGCUGUAGUCUCUACAAUGGGACCAUAUGCUAGUAAACUAUUUAAAGGUGUUUUUCACUGGCACUGAAUUCACUUUCACUGAAUUCACACACACACACAUAUGAAUAUAUACACAUAUGAAUAUAUACU